AUGCCUUUCAAACACGAUUUUACACCAGUUGCUCUAAAGGACACCAAUUUAUUUAAGCCAUUGAAGGUUGGUAACACUGAGGUGUUACAACGUGUUGCUAUGGCACCAUUGUCCAGAUUCAGGGCUGAUCCCCAGGGAAAUGUGCCAAACAAGAACUGGACAGAAGAAUACUACAGACAAAGAUCACAAAGGCCUGGUACUAUGAUUAUCACGGAGGCUACUUUCAUUUCAGCUCAAGCUGGUGGAUACGAUGCUGCCCCAGGUAUUUGGACUGAGGAACAAAUGGAACAAUGGAAGAAGAUUUUUAAAGCCAUCCAUGAUAACAAGUCAUUUGUAUGGGUUCAAAUGUGGGCUUUGGGAAGACAAGCAUUCCCAAAUAACAUGGCUAGAGAUGGUUUGAGAUUGGAUGCUCCUUCUGCUGACCUAUAUAUGAGUGACAAGCAGAAGGAAGUUGCUAAAGAAAACAACAUUGCUCAACAUGAACUGACAAAGGAAGACAUCAAGCAAUACAUCAAGGACUAUGUCAAGGCCGCUAAGAACUCGGUUGAAUCCGGAGCUGAUGGUGUUGAAAUCCAUAGUGCAAACGGUUAUCUGUUGAACCAAUUCAUUGACCCAAAAUCAAACAGAAGAACUGACGAAUACGGUGGUUCUAUUGAAAAUAGAUGUAGAUUUGCUCUUGAAGUGGUUGACGCUGUCGUGGAUGCUAUCGGUGCUGAGAGAACUGGUAUCAGAUUAUCACCAUAUGGUUUGUUUGGUAACAUGAGUGGCGGUUUUGAACCAUCUAUUGUUGCUCACUACGCUUACUUAAUUGGUGAACUAGAGAAGAGAGGAAUUGCAGGCAAAAGACUUGCGUACAUUCACCUUGUCGAACCAAGUGUCACUGAUUUGAUGUUGGUUGAAGACCAAGGCGAAUAUAAGGAAGGUACAAAUGAUUUUGCAUACUCCAUCUGGAAGGGUCCCAUCAUCAGAGCUGGUAACUAUGCACUACAUCCAGAAUUGGUUAAAGAACAAGUCAAGGAUCCUAGAACCUUGAUUGCUUACGGUAGAUAUUUCAUCUCCAACCCUGACAUCAUUGACCGUUUAGAAAAUGGUCUGCCAUUAAAUGAACAAGACAGACCAACCUUCUAUACACCCACCGCAGAAGGUUAUAUUGACUAUCCAAACUACAACGAUGCUUUGCAACUUGGAUGGGACAAGCAGUAG